AUGGCAAACAAGUGCGAACUGUGUAACAAAUAUUACAAUGGCCAAUUAGAAGGCAUUAAGUGUACUAAAUGCGGUGGUCUAAAUCAUAAACUAUGUGUAGCAUCAACUAGUUUGGGCAGGUGGAUAUGUGAGAAGUGUAAGCCGCCAGCGCCACGGUCAACAGAUGGCAGUCCCAAAACAAAGACGGCAAAUUGGACUGACGAAGUCGUUCAAGAGGUGAGGCUAAUACGGGAAGACAUCUCCACCCUGAGAAGUGAAUUAUCAGCCUUCCGUAACGAGCUGGCUCGCGUAUCGACCUACAUAAACGAAUUUAAUGUAAGACUCGCCGGGGCCGAAGAAAAAAUCGCCAUCCUGGAGCAACAGGCGGCCGUUAAGCAACCGCACACUGGUGAGAUGGAACUUGUGGCCUCCCUGGAAAGGAGGUUAAACGAAUAUGAGCAAAAUAAUCUGAGAAAUGACAUCGAACUCACUUGCAUACCUGAAACUCCAGGUGAGAAUCCGACACACAUAAGCCUCACUAUUGCAAAAAAGCUGGGUGUGCGAUUGCAAGACCAAGCCAUUACGAGUGCAUGGAGAAUGGGCAACAAUCGCGGCAAACAAGGUGACUCAAAUAAUCAUAGCACAGGUGAGCUCAGUUCGGAGGUGGUCAGUGGUAGGCGGCCGAAGGCUAUUGUUGUGCGAUUUGCAAGCCGACAAGUCCGUGAUGAGCUAUUACGUGCUGCACGAAGUCGACGAGGCAUCGACACGUCAGACCUGGACCUGGGCGUCGGGACCCAGAAAGCAUACAUCAAUGAGAGACUUACAUCUACAAACCGCCGCCUAUUUUACCUCGCUCGCAAGGAAGGAGCCGCUCAUAACUGGCGUUUCGUGUGGACUAGGGCCGGACGAGUUUACGUAAGAAAAGACACAACAACAGAAAUUCAGUGCAUUCAAACAGAAACUCUCUUGAAUGUACGCUCGCUAUUCACCGGCUCGGACGAAUUGUAUGCUAGCCUAGAAAAAUUUUCUCCAGACAUUUUGGCACUGAAUGAAACAUGGACCAGGGAAGGAAUGGAGAAAUACAUGCCACCCUUACCCGGGUAUACUUUCAAACACGCUCCAAGAGCAUCGGGAAGAAGAGGCGGGGGAGUCGGCUUUCUUAUCCGUAAAGGUCUUCGUGCUCGCGUCCGUCCACACCCUCCGGCUGCGUUGGAACAGAUGUGGCUAGAAAUAUCCCUACCUAAAGCAGGAAGAAUCGCCGUCGGCACCGCCUAUAGACCGGAGUCGGUGAAGUUAGGUUUAGCUAUGGAUGCUCUCAGUGACUCUAUUAGCUCGUUUGGCCGAUGUGCGCAUGUCUUUUUACUAACCGACUUCAACGUUGAUAUGUUGAACACCGAGAAGGGCAAAUCGUCUGAGCUGGCUGCUGUGUUGAUGCAGCAAAACCUGCAUCAAAUGGUAUGUGAACCGACGCGUAUCUCGAACACAUCUGCAACGCUUUUAGAUCUUAUAAUAACAGAUGUCCCUCACAUGUGUAAAUGUGUUAAGGUAGUCCAUAACCCUAUACUUAGCGACCAUGCAAUGGUAAUUUCGGAAUGGCGAAUGAAGAAGCCCAAGCCGCGACCUCAAUAUAAAUAUGUCCGCGCGCUGAAUACAAUAAUACUAGAAGACUUUGAUAAAGAUUUGCAAUGUCAACCGUGGAAUGAGGUGUUAUACGAAACAGAUGUAAAUAAGAUGGUUCAAAGUUUUAACAAACUAAUUACCUAUUUAUUUGAUAAACACGCUCCCUUAAGAAAGAUUCGUAUAAAUGUAUCGCCAAGACCGUGGAUUACCGAAACAAUAAAAGCAAUGAUGAGACUUAGAAAUGAUGCUUUUGAUAGGGCUCGACGAUCUAAAAACGAAGUUCACAUGCGAUAUUAUAAGGACCUAAAAAAUGUAGUUAAUACUGCUUUACAAAAUGAAAAAAGGGCUUUCUUUACGCAGUAUGUCAAUGGAAAUAGCAAUGCAAAGAGCAUGUGGAGAUAUCUUAAACAAGUUGCUUUAAAUACAGAGUCAAACAGCAUUGAUUUGAUUCCAGAUCAUCUCCGUAACUCCAAUGAAAUCAAUGACUUCUUUUUGAAAUUGCCCGACCCACCUAUCGUUGAUAAUUCUUAUAUGAGUAGUUUUAGAGAUAAUAAAUUCACCGACGCAACCUUUCAUAUCCAAACUUGCACCACAGACUCAGUAAAAAAAAUCAUAUUACGCAUACAUACUAAUGCUGCAGGAUACGAUGAAAUAACAAUCAACAUGAUAAAAAUGACUUUAUCGGUCACACUUCCCAUAAUUACCAGAAUGGUGAACAUGUCCAUUGCAAACCAAACAUUUCCUGACGCAUGGAAACUGGCCAAAAUCAAACCUCUACCCAAGAAAACAGACGACGCCUGCAGUUGGUUCAAGUCAUUCCUGACCAAUAGAAGACAAUUUGUCGCCUUUGACGCAGAGAUGGAGUGUUUUCGAUCGGAGGUCAAACCUAUUGGUCGUGGCUGUCCCCAAGGCUCAGUAUUAAGUCCCGCCCUAUUUGAUAUUUACACUAGCGAUUUACUCCAAUACAUUAAGCAUGGGAAAAUCCACUUGUAUGCCGAUGACACACAAGUAUACUACGCAAUCGACCCAAACUCUCCACAAAAAACUAUAAUACAAAUAAAAGAAGAUUUGGGCGCUAUACUAUCAUGGGCAAACAAGAAUGCGUUGUUAGAUUACAAGUCGUUAUGGCCGAGAAAUGUAAUAUGCGUGAAGGCAGACGUUCGAAGUCAGUGUGUUUUCGAUGCUGGUAUGGCUUUAGUGCAACAGAGCAAGCGUGCGUCUACAUUGAUAGGUAUCAGCAUUUUGGGCCCUGGAUGUUCGUUACCAUCAAGAUUCAUUCCCUUACUGCCCUAUAUUCAAUGGAUAAAUGAAAAUCUGCCCAGGGAAAUAAAAACACGUCGAAAAGGAACCGAAAAUGAGACAAAAUCGUUGGAUAUGCCUGGCGAAGAGUUGGAUAAAGAAGACGAUUUUGUUAUUGAGAAAUUGAACGAUACUAUCAUGGUAUUGAGGCCGGACCUAGCACAAGUAACAGACAAACAUGGUGAAUGUACAGAUAUAGACGGAGAGAUCAUGUACAAAGACGAGGGACGUUUGGACGCGCUGGGGCUAACUGCAGUCGGUACAUAUGUGUUUUCCCUCUACGAUAUCUACUACGAGAAAAUCACAUGCGUCAUGGUCCGAGUGUCUUGCACUAAACGGACCCCGAGCAAACUCUGGUACGAUAUAGGAUUUCAUCAAGAGGACUUAGACCCUUACAUACAGACGGUGCCCAUGUACAAAAGGAAUCAAACAGUCCCGCCAAAGGUGUUAUUUGUAAAGGAGAGAUAUUCAAAACACGAAAAAUUCAAGACCGCACAUAUAGUCUUUAAGUUUCUAUUCAAAGAUGAAGCUAAGAUUCUUGUGGAAUUUUACGGGAGGAAGACAACAACAGCACAUCCGCUCUUGGAAGAUUAUUUAGAUUAG